AAACCAAAACCCAAGGAGGCAGGAAGGAGUGUUUAGCGGUGUCCCAAAAAAAUUUCCCCCUUUCUACAUUUGGGAAUUGAGGUUUCACACAUUAGCCUGCUGAGUAGAGCAGGAGAAGGAGACGAUACCAAUUCGAUCUCCUUCAAUGGAUUCUCAAGAUUCCUCCCAUUUCCCGCACCACCACCCGCACCACCACCACCACCACCAUCACCACCAACACCACCACCUCUCCCAGCCGCCGGCGCAUCCCGGAGUCCUACUGGGACCACAGCAGCAUCUGCAAAACAACUCCUACCAACUCCCCAACACCAACAAUUCCGUGCACUCAUCCACUUCUGCCCCCGCAAACCCCUCCCUGAUGCACCAGCAAAACCCUCGCUUCCCUUUCAACUCCAUGGCCGCAGCUGCAGCUGCGGCGGCCGCCGCCGCCGCCGCCCCCAAGCCGUUAGAUCAUGUUCAGGCCGACGGUUCGCCUCCCGGGGGAGGCGCCGGCGGGUUCAGCGUCGAGCCGGCUAGGAAAAGGAGGGGUCGGCCGAGAAAGUACUCCCCCGACAACAGCAUUGGCUUGGGUCUCUCCCCUGCCCCCGUUGCUCAGAUGUCCUCCGCCAUGGUCCACAACGACUCCGGCGGCGGCGGCGGCGGAACUCCUUCCUCCGAUACCCCCGCCAAGAGAAACCGCGGCCGGCCUCCUGGCUCAGUGAAAAGACAGCUGGAUGCUCUAGGUGCAGCGGGUGUGGGCUUCACUCCUCAUGUAAUUAUGGUGAAUUCUGGAGAGGAUAUAGCUUCGAAAAUUAUGGCCUUUUCUCAGCAAGGACCUCGAACGGUUUGUGUUCUGUCUGCUAAUGGUGCCGUAUGUAAUGUCACCCUUCGCCAACCUGCAAUGUCUGGUGGGACAGUGACAUAUGAGGGACGAUUUGAGAUUAUAUCAUUAUCAGGUUCCUUCCAGCUUUCAGAAAGUAACGAAAACCGCAGCCGAAAUGGUGGACUGAGCGUAUCAUUGGCCGGAUCAGAUGGUAGAGUGUUGGGCGGUGGAGUCGCAGGAUUGCUCAAGGCAGCAUCACCAGUUCAAGUUGUAGUCGGCAGCUUCAUUGCUGAUGGUAAAAAACCAAAGGCUCGGCCAUCUUCUUCGACACCCACACAUAUGUUAACAUUUGCGGGCGGUCAGGGCACCGGGCAAAGUCCUUCCCCAGGUGCUUCCAGCGAUUCGGGUGAGGAAAAUGACGAUAGCCCUAUGAACCGUGGUGGGUCAGGACCCUUUGGCAAUGCUGGUCAGCCCAUCCAAAACAUGUCUUCAAUGUAUUCAUCUAUGGGUUGGCCAAACAACAUCAAAAUGCUUCCGGAUUAGAGGGUGACACCCCGACCCAUGUCCAUGUAUCGACACCACAUAUGUUUGUCUAUUGGUAUCUUCUUAUUCUUCUUCUUUGGUUAGUAGCUGGCUGCAUAUGAUGCUAACAUCAGAUGGUAGGAUUCGCGCAUUUUCAACCCUAUUUAGGGAUUUUAUCUAGCUGUUGUCGUUUAGGUAUGAGUAGAUCGAUCCUCCUGUUGUCGUGAGCAAGAUUCAUCGGGGUAACAAAAAUUCACAACAGUUUGCAGGGCACCCUACCCUUCUGUGUUGUUGAUCAACAAUUCUCUGUUUAUUUUUAUUGCUUCUGUCAAAAUUUUCUACCUUUCUUA